UUAAAAUAUAACCUGAAUUUUUUAAUCUAUGUGCUGUUAGUCAUACAUACAGUGUGAGAUAAUACAAUUCUCAUGUGAAGACAUAUCUGUCAUAUCGGUUGGAGGGCAAGAGGUCAUUCAAAGUAUAGCAAGCCUUUAACGUCGUUCUUGGCUGAACAUCAAUUCGGCUAGUAGGCUAUAAAAGAUUGACGAAAUGUUAUCGAAAUUACGUUAUGUUGUUAAUAACAUUGGGAAACGAAAUUACGGAAAAGUUGGGAUUGUGGGUGUACCAUUUGAAAAAGGACAGAAAAAGGAGGGUGUUGCUCGAGGACCUGAAGCUAUUCGAAAAGCUGGUCUCAUUAAAGAAUUAGAAGGUUUAGGGCUCGAUGUAAAAGAUUAUGGAGAUAUUACGUAUGAAGUGAAUACUACAGGUAGCAUAGACAAUAUGUCACACUUAAGUGAAGUAGCAAGUUGUACUAAGAGUUUAUCCGAAAUGGUUCAGAAAGUUCUAAAAGAUGGUCGGCAAGUUGUAACUCUUGGCGGAGAUCACAGUUUAGGAAUUGGAAGUAUCGAUGGCCACGUCAAGGCUAAGGAAGAAGUGGCUGUUUUAUGGAUAGAUGCACAUGCAGAUUUGAAUACCAAUAAAACUAGCGAAAGUGGCAAUGUACAUGGCAUGCCUGUAGCACUUCUUACAUCGGAACUGUCAGAUUACUGGCCACAUAUACCUGGAAUGGAUUGGCAGCAACCUAUGUUGUCAAUAAGAAACAUAGCAUAUGUUGGUUUGAGAUCCGUUGAUCGUUACGAGAAACUAGUAAUAGAGAAAUUUGGAAUCACAGCUUAUGGAAUGGAAGAUGUCGAAAGAUAUGGUAUCCAUGAUGUGAUUGAAAUGGCAUUAAACCGCAUUGACCCAAAUGGCAUAAAAUCUCUACACGUGAGCUUUGACAUAGAUUCUCUUGAUCCUCUAGAGGCUCCGUGUACAGGCACACCAGUAAGGGGUGGUCUAUCAUUAAGAGAAGGCAUUCACAUAAUGGAAGAAAUGUUUAGAACGAAUAGACUAAAUGCUAUAGACUUAGUGGAAGUCAAUCCUUGGAUUGGAGAUGAACAUGCUGUUAACUUAACAGUUGAAGCUGCGAUUCACAUUAUACAAGCUGGCUUAGGCUACAUUAGACGUGGCUUAAAAGUUCCAAAAGGAAUCACUGAUAUGCCAUUGCAAACAUUUAGAUAACAUUUUAUUUACAUGUCAAUAAUACAGGAUGGUACUCACAUAGAGCACAACUCCUUUUUCAUUAAAUCAAUAAUUUUUACAUAAUCCUAUAACUUAAUAUAUUCAAGGUAGUUGAUGCCGGCAUAAAAUAAAUUGUAUGUAAAUAAGACA